CAAAUUACUUAUCCGACAGUCGAUUGGCAAUAAAAUGCUUAGCGAACGUUCUCUGGUUUUGAGCGGCUACAAUACCAACUCCAUUGACAGCGUCAAUAAGAGUUGCCAACAGCCAACGAGCAACAGAACUACCCCACCAACUACACCAAACUUGAGUACUACCCAGAUAACGACGCCACCAGUACUGACUGUCACGCCAACCACAACGGCAGCAGCUGCGGCUGCCUAUCUCUACUUGGAAAAGGUAAAAAAUGAACGCCUGUCACCGAGAGUGACCGCUGCUCAAAUCGAUUCACUGAAGGAUGCCAUUAUGGAGUCGUCAGCUGCCGCUGCUGCCGUUGCUGCAGCAAUGGUAAAUAACAACAACAAUUGUUCGUCGAUUAAUAAUAAUAAUAACAACAACAACAACAGCAAUAACAGUGGCAACACAAAUAGUUGCAAUAACAGUCACAGCAACAACAAUCUAGUUCUAAGUCAAAAUCAAAUUGUAAACUCCCUAAACAACAGCUGCAACAACAACACCACCAGUGAUGAGAUGUCCAGUCAUUCCCUGCAAUCGUCCGUUGGCCAACACCAGCAUCAGCACCAACACCACCCUCACCAGUCACCAUCUUCAUCAAUCCACCUGAGCAGCAAUCAUGUGAAAAGAGAAAGACUUAGUCCCGCCACCGGGACAAAUGGUGACCUACAAUCGGCCCUAUCAAGAUCACGAAGUACAACACCUUCGUCUUUUCGUGGCCCCUCACCGCAACAUUCGGUCCAUAGCAGUCCAUCCGAAACUGUGGUACCCAUGCAUAAUCUCUCUACAAAUUUAUUAAACAGCAUCCAACAGGCAGCUUCAUCAUCGGUUCGUCAGAACAACAUAAAUUUCCCCAGUGCUGGAAUUAGCAAUUCCGCUGCUGCGCUGCCUAGCGAUUUUUCAACGCGUAACUAUUCGGAUUUCAUGAGAUGCUUAGCGGCAAAGUACAAUAACACGAAUCCCACAGACUCCAGCAAUUCUAGACGUCAAACGUUUUUUGAUACAACAAUAAACAAUGCAACCAAAAAGACAUCGUCGGUCUCAUCGAAAACCUCCUAUCCUCCACCAUCAACUUCGAUUGGCAAGGAAAUUUCGAUUACGACAACAUCCACCCUGCCUCCGCCACCGCCUCUGUCAUCGGGAGCAAUAUCGCCGGCCGAUACUUCUCUAAGCCAAUCGCAACAAAAUCAAAUGGCAGCUGCGGUUGCAUCUGCUGCUGCUGCCAAUACAGCCAGUGGCGGUAGUGUUUCACCCUUCAUGACAUCUUUCCUAUCCAGUUUACCCUUCGCCCAAGGCAUUUUACCACCGCUUAUUGACAUGAGCAGCACACAAGCGCUAAUAACCUUGGCGCGAGCGGCUAAAGAAAAUGAAAUGCACAACAUUUUACAAAUGAACCAGACUUCAAAACGAAGCUCAUCGAAUGCUUCGCCUUCGCCCAGUCCCACCUUAAAUAUGGCUCUACAGCAAGCCGCCCAAUUCAUUUCGCCCGCCUUACUUUAUUCAGCACAAGUGCAGAAACAACAGCAACAGGUCUCAAGCCAAUCUAGUCCACGUUCAGCAAAUUUAACAAACACAACAUCUGGUACGGCAAACGAUGCCCCAGGCAAGAGUGCUGGAGAUAAGAGAACUGCCUCACCACUGGACCUCAGUUCACAGCCGCCAGCCUCGAAGCGUUUUAAAAUCGAGUCCAAUACAUCAAGCCAAAGUAGUUCUGAAGGUCUCUUAGAUGCAAGCAUAAAGCGGCGUAACUCGACGCCUACCACUAGCACAUCGCCAUCUCCCCCGCCCCACAGUGAUCGCCCAUCGAGUCCAAGCGCAACACCAUCGACAACAUCAACAACAACGACCACAACGACAGCUGUUUCCAGUUCUCCUGCUGUCAUAAAUACACGAAAGUGUCAGGCACACAGUGAAGAAGUGAAUUCAUGGACGGUGGACGAUGUUUGUGCAUUUGUCGGAAGCAUCGACAUUUGUGCAGAAUAUGUUAAGCAUUUUCGCGAUCAAUGUAUUGAUGGAUCUGGGCUACCACUACUAACGGAAGAUCAUCUGGUCAAUUCACUGGGCAUGAAAUUGGGACCAGCACUAAAGCUACGUUCAAUGCUGGCGAAAAAACUUGGCGGCCCAUGUCCCUGUGUAGCAUGUGUUGCACAAGCACAACAAAUGCUUGCCUUGCAAACGGCAGCUGGAAUCACACCGCCUAAUUCAGCCAUGGCAGAGAAUGCUGCCAACAGUUAUCAACCAAAGUCAGCAACAUUGAGCGGCAGCGAUGAAAUCAAUACCAAUAGCAGCAGCAACAGCAGCAGCAACAAUAAUAGUUCAUCGGAUAAAACCGAUAGUACAACAACAACAGCAACAACAAAGACAAUAACGACAAAUACAAAUGUCUCAGCAGCAGAAAACACCGGCGAUAUACGUUGUCAAAAAAAUGUUGCCACUUUUUCACAAUCUACGCAAAAUAAAUCCAAUACAAUUUGUACUAAUUAUAGUAGCUGCAGCAGCAACAACAACAAAUACAAAAUCAGCAAUCGUGACGACAAUAAUGGCCCCAACUCCAGCUAG